AUGAGCCUGGAGAGAGGCGAGCAGCUGAUCGACACCUCCACCACCACCGUCCACACGCUGGUCAAGAGAGAUGAAAAGCAGGGGCGGCGGCUCCGCUACAUGCAGCGGGACGGCAGGUUCCCCGUGGUGCUUCACACGACCCCCGGAGACUGGAGCCCGUACGUCACGGACAUCUUCACCACGCUCGUAGAGAUACGCUGGAGGGUGAUGCUCCUGGUCUUCUUCCUGUCCUACAUUCUUUCUUGGCUGUUUUUCGGCCUCUGCUAUUUUCUCAUUGCCUACGUAAACGGAGACACCGACGAUCCAGACAGCGUUCCCUGCGUUGAUAACGUGCGCACCUUCACCGGGGCCUUUCUGUACUCCAUGGAGACCCAGGCCACCAUCGGCUACGGCGUCAGGCUCAUGACGGAGAACUGUGUGGUGGCCAUCGCGGUGCUGUCGGUCCAGGACGUGUUCAGCAGACUCCUCAACACCAUCAUCAUCGGCAUCGUCGCCGCCAAAAUGGCGUCGGCUCGCAAGAGGGCUCAGACGGUGGGCUUCAGCAGGUGCGCGGUGGUGAACCUCAGGGACGGCGUUCUGUGCGUGUCCUGGCGCCUCGGAGACUUCCGGGGCAACCACAUCCUGGAGGGGGCCGUCACGGCCCAGCUGGUCCGCUACGUCAAGUGGCCGCUGGGCUCCGUCGUGAUGUCUCUCCAGGACCUGGAGAUCCAGAACCGGGACAUCGUCCUCGCCACCCCGGCCACCAUCGUUCACAGGAUGGAGCCGGGCAGCCCGCUGUACGGCCUGAGCCCGGACGACCUGCUGGACGACGACUUCGAGCUGGUGGUGACUUUCACCUACACCGGCGACUCCACGGGGAUACUCCACCAAACGCGCACCUCCUACACGCCGGCAGACAUCCGCUGGGGCCAGCGCUUCCAGGACAUGCUGAGGGUGGGCAGGAAACACUACAAGGUGGACUACUCGCUGUUCAACGAGACCACGUGGGUGUCGGUACCCAAGCUCAGCGCGGAGGAGUACCACAGGAGGGGGCGUCCAGCAGGGGACGACCGUCCUCUCUCGACAACAGGAAAGACAAAUGGACACGUCAGCCAAGAACAUGUGGAGCUCACCUCAGAGGUGAUGCAGCAAACGUUCUUUUAG